AUGAAUCAGCACAGGGAAGGAGCAAAACUCGAGAAUUCCCAUUGCAACUUGCAAGUGUUCGAAGAAGGUGAGCAAAUCAUGGAGCAUUUGCCUCGAGAAUUGGUGUCCAAUGUACUCUCAAGGUUGCCAGCGAAGGUGUUGCUGCUAUGCAAGUGCGUUUGCAAAACCUGGUUUGAUCUCAUAACCGAUCCUCAUUUUGUUACCAAUUACCAUGCUGUCUACAACAAUCUUCAAAGCCAAGAGGAACAUCUCUUGGUCAUUCGAAGACCCUUUUUCUCUGGCCUCAAAACUUACAUUUCUGUCCUUUCUUGGAACGUGAAUGACCCCAAACAACUCGUUUACUCCAAUGUUUUGAGCCCUCCUUAUGAGCACAACUCUGACCACAAAUACUGGACCGAAAUCUUGGGUCCUUGCAAUGGCAUAUACUUCCUAGAAGGCAAUCCUAAUGUCUUGAUCAACCCUUCACUGGGACAGUUCAAGGCUUUGCCUGAAUCCCAUUUCACAACUCCCCAUGGGACUUAUUCUUUCACGGAUUAUGCCGGCUUUGGCUUUGACCCCAAAACCAAUGACUACAAAGUUGUUGUGAUCAAAGACCUUUGGCUGAAGGAAACAGAUGAAAGACAACUAGGGUAUUGGACAGCUGAGUUGUAUAGUCUUAAUUCCAACUCUUGGAAAAAACUUGAAGAUUCUCUCCCACUCCCAAUUGAAAUUUGGGGCUCUUCUCGGGUUUUCACUUAUGCCAACAAUUGCUGCCACUGGUGGGGCUUUGUUGAAGAGUCAGGUGCAUCAGAGGAUAUUGUUCUAGCAUUUGACAUAGUCAACGAGUCCUUCAGGAAGAUAAAGGUGCCAAGAAUACGUGACUCUUCAGACGAGAAGUUUGUAACUCUGGCACCCUUUGAGGAAUCUGCUUCAAUUGGUGUGGUUGUUUACCCCGUGAGGGGGACAGAGAAGUGCUUUGACGUGUGGGUGAUGAGAGACUAUUGGGAAGAAGGGUCGUGGGUGAAGCAAUACAGUGUUGGACCCGUGCCGGUGAUUUACAAGCUCGUGGGGUUUUAUGGGAGCAAUCGGUUUCUUUGGAAGGACAACAACGAAAGAUUGGUGCUUUAUGAUUCGGAGAAAACAAGGGAUCUUCAGGUUUAUGGAAAAUAUGAUUCUAUAAGGGCUGCUAAGUACACAGAGAGUCUUGUUUCACUUCACAGGGGAAAUGAUUUUAGUCACAAAUGUUUAUCAUGUAGUUUUGUUCCAGAUCCUCUACUACAUGACAGUGAAUAUCUUAUUUCCUUUUAG